ACAUGCACCUCACUAUAAACUACACACUACUAUGGCACAUAGUCGGUUUGUGGGCUUAGAAUUACACCUCUCAUGUAUGUUAGGCUUACUGCAAAGUCAAUAAAUCUAUAUUUCUCACUCUGUUAUAUAAACCAUAAAUAACAGAAACAUUCAGGCAAAUAUGUAUUUGUCAAACGGUGACUAAGAACAGUAGAAAAAAAUGCAAUUUGUCUCUACUCUCAACAUCACCUUUAUGAAUAAGAAAACAUGUACCUGCAUGCCACAUGAUAACUGCAGUGACACCCAGGUGUAUCGGUGAAUCAUCAGUCGCUUGGAAUUCGUUUGUUAGUUUUAAUGUGUGCGUGUUUGUUUCGUUGAUCCCUUAGGCUAUUUGAAACCACGUACAUCAUAUUUUAAGAUUAAUUAAAAGCAGUAGUUCUCGAUCUGACUUAUGACACAUGGUUUCGUGGGCAUUUAUAAACCCGGGUACAUCGGUCCUCAAGGGGGAUAAACACUAGAAUGAAAGAAGCAAAAAAUGAAAAGGAAUAAUUAAAAAAAUCCCCUGGACUCGAAAACCGAAAUUUGUAACGAAAAUUGUGCCCCAUUUCUAUUCGGAUGUAGUGGAAAGUGUAAAAUCUCUUUCACGUUUAAAUCAAAGAUGCAGUAUAUAAACUCCAAACCUACUGUGAGUCUGUCACAUUUCGACAAAACGCGUUGUGAAGGAUACACAAGAAGAUUCACGGAGGCAUCUGUCAGAAUGGACCUGCAUCGUAUGGCCUGGCUGUGCACCAUUAUCUGCUUUGCGCACGUUUACUCGUUUCCAACAAACUGCAUCCUUCAGAAGCAUUUGAUGAAGAGAUCAUACACUCUCCUGGAUACUAUGGGUGGGCUUUUUCCUGCGCAAUGCCUGGAGGACGAUGUUUCAGUUACUUUCCCUCAAAAUGUUUUUGAUUCAAACAAAACGCAACAGGAUGGAGUCGAGAAGGCUAUUUACCAGACACUGCAGAAUAUUGACGCUCUGUUUGAGAACGAUGGUGUUCCUGACAAGUGGAAUGAAGAAAAGUUGGAUGGUUUUUUACACACCAUAUACCGCCAGAUUAAUGACAGCAAAUGCAUCUUGAGCAAAUCUGAAGAUGGACAGGAUUUGGACAAAGAUGCUGCGCUCAAAGUUUACUUUGACACCAUAUCCGCUAAUAUGAAGCAAAAGAAUUUCAGUUACUGCGCAUGGGAAGUUGUGAGAAAGGAGGUUCUCCGCAUACUGGACUACAUAUUGAACCACAACACUGACAAUAUGCUAUGAGGCCCAGGACAUUUUAUUUAUUUGCUUUAUUUUAUUUAUUAAUAUUUAUUUAUUUAUUUAUUUGUAUUUAUUAAUUAUUUAUUGUGUAAGCCUGGUCGAUGUAACGAAAAAACAAUCACAAUUUCAAUUCAGCACUGAACAGCAAAAAGAAUCACUGAACGAGUAAAAUUUUACUGUAAUUGUACUUUUGAUAUUACACUUUUUCAUUUUUUACAUUUUUAUGUUUUAUUUAUUGCGGGAAAAACUUCGAAAAAUAAAUAUUUUUAAUGCA